GUUUGGCGGCAGUGAAGCUAACCGGCUAAGUGCUAGCUAAGGUGGAGGUGGCAAGUUGAAUAACUCAAUAACAAGGGGCCCACAGGGUGCAGAGCCACCAUGUUAAACGGGGGACACUUUGUGGAGGCGCUGGGACGUCUCGGUUACCCCGAUGCACCAUCGCUGAAGCCCUCCGAGUUUGACUGGCUGUUCGACUGUGCUCCGGAGAACCUCCACUUCCUGCGCUUCGUCUGUCGGUCCCUCAACCGCAACAAUGUCCUCACCGUGGAGGAGGCGCGGGCUUUUCAGGAUCUACGAAAGUCCGGCAAACCGAUUCUGGAUGAAGCAGCUUUGGGAGAGGUCCUUAAAACCAUUGGCCUUUCAGAUGGGAGCAGUGGUUCUUCCUCUUCGUCCUCUGGGUUUGCAGCGGAGGGCGAUCUGGCCGUGGAGGACCUGGAAGCCGAGCUCCAAGCGCUGCGUAAAGAGAGAGAGCUGAAGCAGCGACGCUUUAACAAGUUACAGGUGGUGGCCACCUCUCGGGCAGAUGUUGACCUGCGACUCGCUGCAGAGCUGGAGAAAGCUGCGUGUAAGCUUAAGGAGGCCAGCACUUCUAUCGGAGGUGAGAAUGCUGACACCAACACUCUGUUACAAAACCUAACGGAUGAGGUGAGGAAACUCGCUUCAUAUGUCCCUGCUCAGCCAGAGACUGUGGCUCCAUCACGCUCCUCAAUCUCCAAAAGGGCCCCAGUCCUCCUUUCUCAGCUGUCCUUGGAUCCUUAUCUGCACCAGGAGGAGCUCAACACCAAAACACUAGCUGCCUUCACCCAGAAGCAUUUCUUCCAGGGCAUCUCUGACAUUGUUGAGACUUCUUGCUCUGAGCGCUUCCAGGUCCUCGACCUCAGCUCCUGUGAAGAUGGAGAGGAGGACAAGGAGGAGAAAGCGAGGGAAGAGCACGAGGGAAAAGAGAAGGAGGCCCGGGUGGUGGAGCGCAGGAGGACGGAGAUGGCCAGACUUCAAUGGUCUCAUAUCGUGACCCAACAUCAACUGAUGCAGGCACUGGCAGAGGAGAAGAGUGUCGAGGCUGGACUGGAUUGGCUGUCAGAGCAGUCAGCUCAUACUAAGAGCAUUUCCACCUCCUCCUCGCUACAUGUGCGUGAAGUGGGGUCCAGGAAGCAGCUGCAGGCUGUGGAGGCCGAGCUGGAGGCUCUGCUUCAUGGACCAGUACCUGCUGCACUCAGGGAGUCAGCCAGGCUCAUUAAUGUGCCUGUAGUGAGGGGAGACCUGGCUCUGCAGCUGGCCAGGCAGGACUACUACACCUCCAGACAGGAUCAGGUUCGUGACUACCUUCUCCGUCAGAAGGCCUCCUUUGACCUGGUCCUGCUGGCUCAGCAGAUGGAGCAGAGGAGGUGGAGGAUGUGUCUGAAGCACCUGGGAGAAGUGAACAGCAGAAUGGGAGAGGAAGGUGAAGCAGCAACUCUCAGGAUUGAGUCCCUGGCAAGUCCUGACCUGGCUAUCAACCCCAGGAAGAACCCGAUCAUCAGCUGCAGGGAUGCAGCCUUCAGCAGACUGCUCCAGAUCCUCAACCACGAUUCAGAUCAAGGCCGAUCGGAGCCUUUCCGGACGUACGAAGCCUUGGACCAGGCCGCCCGUGACCUGGCAGGAAACCUCCAGGUGACCCGAGACGCCUUAGCUGGUGCCGGCCGCGAACAGCGCUACACCACUGCCCGUCUGAACGGCGACAGUGAGGCGCUUCACAGGGCCAUGUACACAGAGCUCCAGCAGCUGGUCCUGGGGCCGCAGGUAUGUCCAAUGGCCACCACAGAUCAGGAGCUGCUCUGCCCCAAUGCACAGGAGCUGACAUCCAAGCUUGUGGAAGCAGAGUCACAGCUGCAGAGUUUGCAGAACUUGAUGCAAGAAAUCAUGGGGGAGGUGAAAGCCAAACGCUCUCAGCUGGAGCGCAAUGCCCUCCUGAGGCGGGAGAGACAGUUAUACAUCUUCUUUCACUUGGACGCCCGACUGCUGCAGAAAAUAGUGGAAGAUCUGGAGGGCAAGAUGCCUGCGAAGAGGGGACAGCGAUAGUCAAACGAACAAGAACGGAUGAGGAGAUUUAUUUUAGUCAACUCAAACUCUGUGGAGUCUUCGUGCAACAGGAGGCAAACUGUCUAAUUGAAGCUGGAAGAGAUGCUGGUUGGAGAAGCACACCGUGUGCCUUCAGUGGAGCUUUACUUAUUAAGCCCUGCUCUGUGUGAAACUGAACGUUCUCUCAGUUUGUCUCGGAGACGGAGAUCGAUCCCUGAUGUCCUCACUUGACUCUUCUUUGCUCAACUUGGGAAAAAGUUUGGUUUUAUAAGAACGUUGUUGCUUAUACCCUAACUGGGAUUCUGUAUGUCCAAACAAAGAAUUUUCCGUUAACUAAUCCCAGAAAAAUGUUGGAAUUCAUUGUCUCUUUGUUUCAAGUCAUGUGAUGAAUAAAUUAAAAUGUAAAUCUUAA